GGAUUCCCAUGAUAUAAUUUGGUAAAGCCUUACCUACAAAUUUCCGUGAAAAUAAAAGGCCACUUCUCUCAGCAGCCCUUAAAACCAUUCGCUCUUGAUUCACAACGAAACUCAUCAAUGGAGAGGAAUGCAGAGAAUGUGAGGGUGCUUUUAACAAGAAGGCAAGUGGACCAAAUUAGGAGCAGCCUUCCUCUACGCGUGCGAUGGCUGUGCUGGGCUGUAAAAGCAGGCGUCUAUUUAUCACAGAGAAGCGACGGCACCGUUAACAGGCGUCUGGCGGCGUGGCUUAUAUGGUGCCUCGCUCCCCCUGUCCCCGCCAACGAGAUACCCAAACAUGGAGUAUAUACCAGAGACGCCGUUAUAGACCACGUUAACGGCGUCUGGGUCCGCCUCUUUGUUCCGGUACAAGAAAACGGCGAUGAAACAGAGGUGCUGCCGGUGGUGGUGUAUUUUCACGGCGGGGGUUUCUGCACGUUGUCCGCUGCAGAAGUGGGCUAUGAUGUGUUUUGCCGGCGGCUGGCGAAACGGCGGCGUGUGGUGGUAGUCUCGGUGGAUUACAGGCUGGCACCCGAACACAAGUUUCCCGUUGCUUAUGAAGACUGCUACGCUGCUCUCUUGUGGCUCCGGAACGACCACGCUGAGAAUCGCUUUCUGCCGCGUGGCGCUGACGUGUCACGCUGUUUUCUGAUGGGGGAGAGCGCCGGAGGGAAUAUUGUUCACCACGUCGGAUGCCGCGUGGCAGAGGGGAAGGAGGACUUGACGCCAAUGAAUGUCGUGGGGCAUGUUUUGAUACAGCCCUUUUUUGGAGGGGAGGAAAGGACGCCGUCGGAGUUGGCUUUGACGGACGUUCCGUUGAUUUCUGUGGACGCCUGCGAUUGGUCGUGGAGGGCGUUUUUGCCGGAGGGGGCGAACAGAGAUCACCCGGCGGCGAAUGUGGUGGGGCCCGGCGGCGCCGAUAUUUCGGCGGUUCCCUUGCCGAAGAGUUUGGUUGUGAUUGGAGGGCUUGACACACUGCGAGAUUGGCAGCUGCGGUAUUUUGAUUAUCUGAAGAAGAUGAAGAAGGAAGUUGGGCUUAUGUUCUAUGAAAACGGCGUUCAUGGAUUUCCUUUGAUGCCUUAUGACUUGUCUUCUGAUUUCAUUGAUGAUAUCUCUGAUUUCAUGCAGAGAUGAUUGGAAGAAUGGGGGCGCUGCCUCUUUUCUUGUUGUUUUACUUCUUAUAAAUUAAAUUAUUGUGGAUCUUUAUUUC